AUGUCCAUCGAAAACGGCAAGUCCCGCGAUGCGUCCAUCGAAAACGUGAAGACCUUCGAUGCGUCCAUCGAAAACCUAAAGACCUUCGAUCCCUUCGCUGAGGCCGACGACGAUACCGGCGAGCCUCAGGAGACCAAAGACUACAUCCACAUUCGGAUUCAGCAGCGUAAUGGUCGUAAGACCCUGACUACUGUUCAAGGUCUCCCCAAGAAGUUUGACCAGAAGAAGAUCUUGAAGGUCAUCAAGAAGAAGUUCGCCUGCAAUGGCACCGUUGUCCCUGAUGAAGAGAUGGGUGAGGUGAUUCAGCUCCAGGGAGAUCAGCGCAAGGAUCUCUAUGAAUUCUUGAUUGACACCAAGGGAGGCCUCGAGCUUAAUGCCGAUACCAUCAAGGUAAGCCGAUACCCCUCUACUUUUUCCAUGAUUGGACUCUAA